UAACAACCCGCUUCAACACAAACAAAUACUCCAUUGUAAACCAAAAUGUAUUCCGCAAACAUCAUCAAUGACGGCGAUUUUACAAGAACCAUUUACACGUUGAUUAAAGAAAAUAAGUUCGUUGAAGCUAUUAAAAUAUUGCAUGGAAUAACAGAGUCUAAUUCGACCAGGGCAGGACUCUCCCUUCUAGCAUAUUGUUAUUUUUAUAUACAGGAUUUUGUGAAGGCAGCAAGUUAUUAUGAGAAGCUCACAAAUUUAUAUCCUGAUAAUGAUGAUUAUAAAUUGUACCAUGCUCAAGCUCUUUAUCAAGCUUGCAUGUACGAAGAAUCUUAUCAAGCUUGUAAUAAACUGGCAGACUCUCAGGAUUACAACGAGAGAGUUGUUAAACUGCAAGCGGCCAUAAAGUACAGCCAAGAGGACGUUUUAUCUGCCAAAAAUCUAGUCGAAGCCUCGAGUCCAAGUGACCCAGACAGAGAUGUUAAUUUGGGUUGUCUCUUGUAUAAAGAUGGGAACUACGAAGAAGCAUUAGAGAAAUUCACUAGUGCUCUACAAAAUCAAGGAUUUAUACCAUCAUUGGCAUACAACGCUGCUCUUUGCUACUACAGACUUAAAGAAUACGGACCUUCUCUAAAAUAUUGUGCUGAUAUAAUAGAAAAAGGUAUCAGGGAUCAUCCUGAACUUAGUAUUGGAAUGCAAACAGAAGGAAUAGAAGUAAGAUCAGUAGGAAAUACUCUGACCCUACACGAAACAUCAUUAACUGAAGCGUUUAAUCUUAAGGCAGCCAUCGAAUACCAACUUAAAAAUUUUGAUUCUGCUAAAGAAGCUUUAACCGAUAUGCCACCAAGAGCGGAAUACGAGUUAGAUGCCGUAACUCUUCAUAAUCAGGCACUCAUGAAUUUCGACCAGAAUCCUACUGAAGGGUUUGAAAAAUUACAAUUUCUUCUUCAGCAAAAUCCAUUUCCGCCGGAAACAUUUGCUAAUAUUCUUUUAUUAUAUUGCCAACAUGAAUGUUAUGACUUGGCCGCAGACAUUCUGGCUGAAAAUGCCCAUCUUACGUAUAAAUAUUUAACACCGUAUAUGUAUGAAUUUUUGGACGCUCUAAUAACUCAACAAACUUCACCUACAGACGCAUACCAAAAAUUGGAUGAAUUGGCCAGUCGUCACACAGAGCAACUCCGAAAAUUGACAAAGCAAGUACAGGAACAUAGAAACAGAAAUGAUACAGAGUUGAUUAAAAAAACCGUAAUGGAUUAUGAAGAAUGCUUGGAAAGGUAUAUACCUGUAUUAAUGGCUCAAGCUAAAAUUUAUUGGGAUUUAAAAAAUUAUCCGCAAGUAGAAAAAAUAUUUCGCAAAAGCGCCGAAUUCUGUAACGAGAAUGAUAUUUGGAGACUUAACGUAGCCCAUGUUCUCUUUAUGGAAGAAAAUAAAUUUAAAGAAGCUACUGGAUUUUAUGAACCGUUGGUUAAAAAGAACUACGCAGAUAUACUAAGCAUCAAUCCUAUAAUACUAGCAAAUCUAUGCGUUUCGUAUAUAAUGACCUCACAAAAUGAAGCAGCAGAAGACUUGAUGAGAAAAAUUGAAAAAGAAGAGGAUACAAUCGGUUUUGAGGAACCUGAAAAAAAGUGUUUUCAUCAUUGCAUUGUCAACCUCGUUAUAGGGACCCUUUAUUGUUCAAAAGGAAAUUAUGAAUUUGGAAUAUCAAGGGUGAUAAAAUCUCUAGAACCAUAUGAUAAAAAACUAGGCACCGAUACAUGGUAUUACGUUAAGAUUUGUUUUUGCAGUCUUAUCGAAAAUCUUGCCAAACAUAUGAUUGUGUUAAAAGAUAGCAUUAUUGAAGAAUGCAUUAAUUUUUUGGAAAGUUGCGAAUUUUAUGGGAAGACUGUCAGGACAGUAGUAUAUAAUUCUUUCUUAGAAGCUAACGAAGUACCGAAUGGGAAAGAGACUGUUACGUAUGAAGCCAGAAAAAUAAAAUGCCUCCUAAUUCGUCUAUUCAAUGUGGAAUCAUAAAGAAUAUGCAUUAAUACUUGUUCGUUGAAAGAAAUAUUCUGCUGCUCUAUAAAUGUACUUUUUAUAGCAAAUAGUGUUGUUAUGUUUGAUAUAAAUAAGAAUGAGACACGUUUAAAUAAAUAAAUAUAUGGAUAAGU